AUGGGGGAGUCGGCCAAAGGGCCAGUAGCACUGACGGCUCAGGUGGCAGGGGUUCAGGCCGCUAAGAGGACCGCUGACCUAAUCCCGCUCUGUCACAAUAUAAGAUUGGACUUCGCUGAUGUACAGCUUGCUCGAGCCCCUGGGGGCGUGGGAGUGCAUCUCACUUCAGAGGUCGCCUGUCGUGAUGCAACUGGUGUCGAGAUGGAGGCUCUGACUGCUGUUAGUAUAGCAGCAUUGACGGUAUACGAUAUGGUCAAGAGUGUCUGUAAGGACGCUGUCAUCACGGAUAUUCGCCUUGAGACUAAAAGUGGUGGCAAAAGUGGACACUUUGUGAGAUCAGAUUCCACCAAAAUUGAAUAA